AUGCGCCGGAAGUGCACUGCGGCGAACGCGAGGAAGUCGGAGAGCUUGCAAUCGCCGCUGCUGGUUCUUCCCUGCUGAACGCAGCGGCCGGGGGGUGUGGGUGCUUUUAGCCAGCGGCCGCUGUCAUGACGACCCAGGGGGGCCUCGUGGCUAACCGAGGCCGGCGGUUCAAAUGGGCCAUUGAGCUGAGUGGGCCGGGAGGAGGCAGCAGGGGCCGAAGUGACCGGGGCAGUGGACAGGGAGACUCCCUCUAUCCAGUCGGUUACUUGGACAAGCAAGUGCCUGAUACCAGCGUGCAAGAGACCGACCGGAUCCUGGUGGAGAAGCGCUGCUGGGACAUCGCCUUGGGUCCCCUCAAGCAGAUUCCCAUGAACCUCUUCAUCAUGUACAUGGCAGGCAACACCAUUUCCAUCUUUCCUACUAUGAUGGUGUGUAUGAUGGCCUGGCGACCCAUUCAAGCACUUAUGGCCAUUUCAGCCACUUUCAAGAUGCUGGAGAGUUCAAGUCAGAAGUUUCUUCAAGGCUUGGUUUAUCUCAUUGGGAACCUGAUGGGUUUGGCAUUGGCAGUUUACAAGUGCCAGUCCAUGGGACUGUUGCCUACACAUGCAUCAGAUUGGCUAGCCUUUAUUGAGCCCCCUGAGAGAAUGGAGUUCAGUGGAGGAGGCUUACUUCUGUGAACCCCAGAAAGCACCAUGUAUACGGACCUCGUUUGCAUUUUAAGCUGUUGACUCCUAAACAUCCUCCCUUAAAAUAGUCAUGCAUGUGGAGAAGAGCCAAAAAGCUUGCAUUUUUCCUGUGGUGAGGACAGAGAUUCUACAAGGACAGUGUGCAGCAUGUUACAGCAGAAAAGAAACUAUAGCACAACUUAUGACUGAAAAUAAUGUAGAAAACUUUAUUUAUGUUCCCAGCACAGAGCAAAACAAACAAAACCAGACUCUAUGUAAACAAAAGAAUAGCAGCUGCUCAGUAGCAGCAUCUCCUUUCAAUAAAUUAAAUGGUUGAGAACAAUG